AUGAAAUCUCCCAACAUUGUUCCUCACACGCAGAUGGAGCCUGAAUUGACCCCUGAUGCCUCUCAGAGACUGCAGCCAGAUAGUUCCAUAACUGGAAACUUCUCAUCGCGGCAACCUUCAUCUUUAUCGAGAAGUACCGCGAUACCCGAGGAAGGUGCAAGCAUGUACAAUCGUGCCAGACAACAGCCACGACAUUUCAAGAGCUACAGACUGCGAGGAGACUACGUUCAAUCAUGGGCUGGAGAUCCAAGGAUGAAGCGGACCAAGGUCGGCAAUUGGAUCGUCUUGGGAUUCAUUGCAGUCGGAGUUUGUAUAAGCGGUUACAUCGCGUAUACAGGUGCGGCUGAUGCGAAAUUGCCAGAUCAAUGUCUCAUCAUGGAGGACAACUUUCAAACAAUUGAUCGCAAUAAUUGGGGCUAUGAGAUCCAAACUGGUGGCUAUGGCAACGGAGAAUUCGACUGGACUACAGAUGACUCGAAGAACAGUUUCGUCGAUGCAGAAGGAUUGCACAUCGUGCCAACGCUUACCACUGAGUCCACUGGUAUCACUGAGGACCAGUUGCUCAAUGAUUAUACUCUCAACAUCACUAGUUCUGAAGGCGACGGGUCAUGUACCUCGAAUGAUUACAAGGCAUGUGGUGUUAGAUCCAAUGCGACGAUAGGAACCAUCCUGCCACCUGUCAGAUCCGCACGGAUGACCACAAAGGGCAAGAAAUCUAUCAAAUAUGGACGCAUUGAGGUUGUCGCUCGAGCCGCGAAAGGGAUGAUGCCGGAGGACUCGGUCUAUGGAGAUUGGCCAGCAAGUGGCGAGAUCGAUAUCGCAGAGUUCCGCGGCAAUUCGUAUACCUACCCGGAAGGUCGAGACUUCGUCGCCUCAACCCUACACUGGGGUCCAGACUACAGGCACGAUGGCUACAUCGCUACUCAUAGCACAGCCUUCCUACGCCGCACAGACUUUGCAUCCAGUUUCCAUACCUUUGGUUUCGAGUGGACGCAGAACUAUAUUUUCACAUACCUCGAUAACAGGCUGAAGCAGGUUCUGUAUACCAAAUACAGUGAUAAGAACAGGCUGUGGAAGAAAGGCGGAUUUGCUACUUUGACCACAAGCAAUGGGACUCUGUACGAAGACCCCUGGAAGACCGGGGGUGCCAAUGCGCCAUUUGAUCAAAAGUUCUACCUAAUUCUCAACGUUGCUGUUGGGGCACAAAACGGAUGGUUCUGGGAUGGUGAGGGUAAGCCAUGGGUGGAUGGGAGCGAUUUUGCAGCCCGAGACUUCUGGAAAGCUAGAGAUGAUUGGCUGCCAACAUGGGGCGAUGGUGUCGCCCGUGGCAUGACUGUCAAAUCUGUCAAGAUGUGGCAGGCAGUCCUUUUCUUCCUGAGCUCCUUUGUUUACAACUUAUAUAUUCACGUCGAAUCCCCGGCAUGGGAUACAUCGACUACAUAG